CUGCCCCCGACACCCCCCUCGCCCGCCACGCCCUCCACGCCGCCCUCGCGCACCCCCUCCUCCAGCACCCCUUCGCGCAAGUCCGUCACCUUCUGCACGCACUGUAAGUACGACAAACCCCCCCAGAAAGCUGACAACGACGUGCGCUACUACUCCGACCCUGGACAACCCGACACCCCCAAACACAAAGCAAAAAAGAAGCCAAAAGAACCAAAAAAGGAUUCCACGGACAGCGACCUAAAGUACUACUCCGAACCGGACGCCAAAUACUUCGAAAUCGACUAUGAGUUUCUGAGGGAACUACGGAAAAUCGCGCGCAAACAUUGCCCCAAGUGUAAACGAAGACGCUCCAAAACUAAAGACUCCAAAUACAAAGACAAAAGCAGAUUAAAGCCUCCGCGAAACGCCCGAGUUCGAGAAAACUUUGUUCUCUGCAACGGAAGGUAUCACAGCGAUAUGGAGCAUUGCAGGCUUUGCUGCAAAAUUUGUAACAGAUCUACAGACACUUUGGAUUCAAUGGAGGAUGAAUAUUCGCUUGUAUCCAAAAGCUAUAGCCUCCCAUCCAGUAAAGGAACGGCCAGUUCGCGAUCCAAAUCUACUUCAAACCGCGCGCGAGAAAGAAAGAAUUCCGUGCAAUCGAAUAAAUCAGUCUCCUUCCUCGAGUCGAGUAAUGACGAGUCUUUGAAAGACGAACCCAAUUACACGGCUUCCAGUUUCACGAAUGAUUUGAAAAAGUUUCUCCUCAAACCCUCGUCACCCCGACUCAGCUUACGCGAAAAAUUCAUCAUAAGUUUCAAACAAGAGUUGGAGGCCACGAAGAAAUCGCCCAAACUCAAAGCUAUCAAGGGACUAUGGAAAUCCUACUGAGAUACAAAUAUAUAUUUUAGUCUAAUGUUUUUAAUUUAUUUCGUAUUUAACUUCUGUGAUUAUUAAGCUGUAAUCUUUCUUGUAUAUUAUUAUUAACUUUUCGGAGAUUUUAUUGACGGGCCAGGCCAGAUAAUGGUUUUGGAAUUUUAUACUUUUUCACUAGACUUAUGAGAAAUAGGGUAUAGACAUUAUAUUAUAUAUAGCAUACAUUAAACAAAUAAUAUUUUUCAGGCUUAGAACAAUGAGUUUGGAGCUAUUAAUUAAAGAAAUUUUCUGGUUUUAUUUAUUUCAACAAAAAGACCUAAAGAAAAAUUUUAAUAUUUAAGCAAAACAUACUCUAUUUCUCUACAAAAUAAAACAUUUGAAAGCCUGGCUCGCACUCGAUAUUUCCUUAUCUUGGUGCUUAUUUUAGAUCUUAAAUAAUUCUAUUGGUUCUCUGUAUUGUAAUAACAUAUUUUGAGUCAACGUAAGUGUUCAGAAUUGGUCUAAACUAUGUAUUAGCAAUGUGUAGGUGCUAUACCAGUAGAAGCUUUAUGUCUUGCGGACAGUCUUAGCAUCUACAGGCAUACCAACUUGAAACUUCCUUGGUAGGGGUUCCUUGAUGCGUAUUUGAUGAAACGCAAUGCACGACAACGCAUACGCACGCUGUGUAUGCUAAACGGAGCGUUAAUAGGGCAUUAAGCAAUGCACCAAACAUCCCUAUAUUUAAUACCUCAUACACUGGACACAAAUAGUUAAGAAUUCCUUCUUAUGUGGUGAACGUUUAGAACCGAAAUUCAUUGACUUUUGCGUCGCUGUCAUGAGGGCAGUUGUUAAAACCAAUAAAUAAUUUCAUAUAGAUAAUUAUAAUUUUAUAAAAUGGGUAAUUUUAUAUAUUAAUAAAAAUUUUAAUCAAAAUAAACACGAUAUUUAAGUACCCUGAAAUAUAAAUGUCAGGCGGUUUUCUGGGGGGAAAAAUAUCAAUACGUUGCGUGGAUACUGGAUACAUUGUAUUCAUAAGCACUAAGGAACCUUCUGAAAAGUUUGUUCGGCUGCCUAUACACUUCUUUGGAUUGGUUGGAUAGUCGGCGCGCGAAUUUGUCAAACUUUUGCUGGUUAAUUAAUUUUCUGUUUGGACUGUGUUGGCAACUGACACUUGCAGUCUAUGGGUAAGACCUAUAGAGCGCACUCAGACUUCGCUUAGACUUAUGACUGAGGUAAAACGAGACAGAUGUAUAUCUCUCACAUAAAUCUGUCCCGUUUUAACUCAAAAUUAUGUCUCAGCAAAGUCAAAGCACGCUAUAAAUCUUGGAACUUGUCGGCAGAUGAAUUUUGCGUGUCUUUCGUUGGUUGCCCUGACUAGAUUGGAUGGUUUCGGCAGCUUAGUUGGUACAUCUGUAGAUGCUAUAAGACGUCCCAAUAAAGAACUUAAAUUAGGAGUUUGUGAAUUUACCUCUAUACAAUAAGUAAGUUGCUAAAUAAUCUUGAUACUAGGACAAUUUGUAGGUUUUAAUGUCUGUGUCUGAACAUUUUUUCAUAAUAACAAAUAUUACAGAAUUUCUAUCGGGUUUGGCCGGUAACAUAUUAACAAUCCAAUAAGUAUUAGAAAGUUUUAUAUGAAUAUUUAUACUAAUAACGCAUUGUCUUUCACGUUGUAAUUUUAUCUAUGAAACAAUCAAUAUACAGUAUUCCAAGAAUAUUA